GAUUACGUGGGGUGCAGUUUGAGCUGUUCCCUCAGAGGUAGUCGCCUCGGGUGACCUGGUCGUGAGAUGCCGUACAGGUCAUAGAAAAUAAAAUCAUCAUCUUCAAGGGGAACCAUCAAACAAGUGUCGAUAUUUUGCCUGUGUCAAGUCAUAGCUUCUGUCUGACUUGGAGAAUCAAUGCAAGUGGAGAAUCAAAUAUCUUAUUUGCAAUGCAGCUAUAAAAGCAGCAUUGGUUAAUACCAAUGCAGCUAUAAAAGUUUCCAUCUUUUUAUAAAGUUUCCAAUGAGCAUAACCAAUAAGUUGUGAUAACUUAAUACUGGUUCAACGGUAAACCAUCCUAUUUUCACAGGUUGAUAGGAUGUUACAGGGCAGCUUUCAUGGCAUGAAUUGUUUGUUCAUUUUCUUUUUCUGUCCCCAGGAAGUGAGGAACUGAGAAGGCAAGAUUGGGUGACUGCAGGCCCACCUCAACGUCAUCCGGCCAAUCAUCAAUACUGCAAGGCAUCCAUAUAUCAACUCAUCCAUCUUUGCUAUCAUGUAUUUGGGAUCUCCACUGAGCAGCAAUCCUACCUCCCCUAUUCCGAACCUCAGCCUCAGCCCUCAGUUUCAGCCCGAUGGGGAAUUUCCAGGUGAGCCUGGCUCCGCUCCUUUGCCCCUGUCUCCGCUACCGUGCUGGGCUACCCAGGCCCUAUGUGAUCUGGCCCGGGCCGAGACCGAGUUGCGUCGCCUGCAGGAGUACCAGGCAGCCGAGACGGAGGCGGUGAAGCGAGGGUUGGAGCGUGCCAUUCUGGGAGCUCGUAGGGAAGAGUGCCGCCUUGUGGAGAGGGUGGAGCAAGACCACCGAGACGCGCAGCAGCGUCUGGAACAGGUGCAGCGGGACAACGCAGCGGCCGUGCAGGUCAGCCAGUCGCUGUUGGACCAGAGACUCCGCAGACUGGCCCAUCUGCGCAACCAGAUCCAGAGGGGAAGCCAGCAUCCAGAUCAGAACCAAUCUGGGUCGGACCACAACCUGCUACUGCAGCAGGGAGUGGCAGAGCUUCUCCAGCCAUGGGAAAUAUCCCUCUCCCUCAAGAAAGUGUCCUUCAAGCCCAGCUCCCAGACCAACGCUGUCGACUUUGGGGACAUUCGUGUGCAAGAUCACAGCCUCAGCCUGCCCGUUGGCCAGUGUGGACCCCAGGGCCAGCUUUGUGCUUUGCAUUCUGGCGGGAUAGGUUGUGGGGAGGCGAGCCACAGAGGCGCAAGGGAAGAGAGGACCACUCCAGAUGGCGGCACAGGAGCAGGGCAGUCAUUGACCGUAUCAACAAGUAGGGUUGUGAGAAAAAUCCGCCUCUCUGCUCAGAGUGACAACGAUUCAGUCAUGGAAGCGAAAGUACCCUCGGUGCAGACGCGCCGCUGGCCUCCAAAACGUGAACAGUCUGACUUAGAGUCAUCCCAGGAGGAUGAUAUGGACUCUCCUAACGCUGUAAAAAAGGGGGUGGAAGUCUUGCUGUCUGGCCCUGCAGCUUACAACACAGGUGAUUCUGAAGGUAACGAGCAGUCCAGUCGUGGCAGACACCACAUCCCAAGAAACCAGAGGAAACAUGGCAGUCUGCGUUUCAGAGAUUCUUCUGUGGAAUGCAGCCAUUCGAAGCCGAACAAAUUGAAUCAGCAUUGGAGCUUAGACGGUCAGGAUAAAGGAGACAGAGGCAGAGUGAAAUCCAACUCAAAGAUGUACUCUUCUCCACCCCACUCAUUCUCCAAGAUGGCUCCCAAGGAGCCUGUGGCCAGUCAAAGCUGUUUGGACCUCACCUACAGGGCAAAGUGUAACUCUCGCCUGAGCCAGUACUCGGAUGACCACAGCACCCCAGGGGACUCUGGGCGUGCUCCAUCCCCAGUGGACAGCCUUGACUCCUGCGACACCUUCAUCGUCACCUCACCACGUACAGAGUACAGAGGGUCUCUGAAUCACAGCUCUCGUCUGUCCAGGUCUGCAGCAGACCUGACGUGCAAGACACUGCCCCUGAUAAGCGGCGACAAAAGCAAUCCCAACAGCGGCUGGAAGGUCAAUCGCAGCAGCUGCAGUCCCCGCUACUCUGGCUUUGCCCUCGCCUCCCCAUCUCUCCGGAAGAAAAGGUCAAGGAUCGCCAAUGUUGGGGAGGUGCUGCCUGGACAUGGAGGGAUGGACGGUGGCCACCAGAUGGAGGGAAGACCUAUGCAGGGUAGGGCGAGCAGAGUAGCCCGGUCACUCUCCAUGUCAGUCAUAGACGGCGCCCCGCAGGAACAAUGCAGAGGCAGGGAGCGGAGAGGAGGAGAGCCAGCCCUGGCAGAGAUAGAGGAGGAUAGGGACUCAUCGCUCGCAAUGCUGCAUGGUGAAAGUGGCCACCUGAUUGGACAGUUUGGGAAGCAGGGUUCUGGACGAUCAGAUCUCACCCUCCCUAGUGGGGUGUACUCAACACCACAGGGUCAAAUCUUCAUAGUGGACUGUGGAAACGCACGUGUGCAGGUGACGGACCCACGAGGCAACAUCCUCCAGCACAUCACCUCCCCGACUUCUGAAGGCUCCGUGAGACGAUGUCGAAACUACUUUGACGUAGCUGUCAAUGCCAAGGGCCUUAUUGCUCUCAGCUGUGCCGCAGAAAGGGCCUUGCUGGUGUUCAGCCGCCACGGCCGCCUUUUCAACACCUUUGGGGGCUCGGGUCUUGGUUCCAGCAGAGAAGAACUGGAGGCUCCCAGGGGCGUCACGGUAACAAGGCAGGAUGAGUUUCUGAUCGCCGAUAUCCGCAAAGGCACCCUUGUGGCUCUCAAGCUGGACCCCAAGACCGGUUCCUGUCUGGAGCGAACGGUGGUCACAGGAUUCCACCGGCCCUACUUGGUGGCGGCGUGUCUGACGACGGGCAUGGUAGCUGUUUCCGAACGGGGCAGCGAGACCGGUCGAGAGCCCUGUGUCAAGGUCCUGGAGCCAGGGUGGAACACAGUGAGGGUGCUGGGGGUAUGCUCUGGAAUGGGCCCUGUCCUGGCUUGUCCCUGGGGCCUCUGCAUAGAUGGGGAUGGGAAUGUGCUGGUUGCAGAUUGGGGCGAGCAGCACAAAGUGGUCUUGUACCCAGCACAGGGGGUUGGCUGGCCUAUUAUCAGCCAGGGGCUAAGCAGCCCCCGGGGCCUAGCUCUGCUGCCAGAGGGCCACCUGGUGGUGUCCGACAGCAUGCACCAUUGCAUCAAGAUCUACCAGUACAAAUGAAGACCAGAAUGAAGGGAAAGGCCUGCUGAUGUAGGCAGACAUGUGGGUAAGAUUACUUUUGAAAUUCUUACUAAGCUAAACAAACCGGUUUCUGCCGGUAGCACACCCUCAUGUACGAAUGUAUUCGCACCAAUGAAGCAUGACAAGAACAAUUGCACUGAGAUGUUUUCAACCUAUCAAUAGAUCCACAACUUUCAAAACCAAUAUUGUGCAUUACAUUUGGGGAGGGGAGUUAUAAAACUUGAAUGUUGGAUAUUAUAUCAUGCAGAUCAAAUUAUGUCGUUUUUUUCACUUUAGUUGAGUCUGAUUACCAACAAGCCAUUCCAAAAUACAAAUUGUUCUUCCUUAGUUUAAUGAAUACCAAAACUUGUUCUAUGUACUAAACUGUCAUAUAGCAGAACAAGGGUGUACCGAGUUCGAUCUCUAAAUAAGGUGUUUGUUGAUUGUUUUCAUUUGCCAUCUCAUGUUAUCUACUGUAGGCAUCCCUGUUUACUGUAAACAUUAUUUGGUGCCCACACAACAUUCUUGUGUUAAACUUCUGUAAUGAACGUUCUACACCACUCGACGCUGUUAGUUAAGGACAAUAAAGUCAACACACUCUCCUCACACAAGCCUCCCUGUCGUUGCCAGAUCUGGCUUGGCUGACAAAUAAACCCUCAAUCCUUUUUUGAAUGUGUUCUGUAUAAAAAACUCGAAUAGUGCUGUUCUGCUGCAGGAAUGUUCUGCAAUGACCCUGUACUGCUGUCCAAAUCCACUGCCUGUCUUCAUUUUGGCUACAAGGUGUUUGACGUGUGUCUUUAUCAGGCGUAUGGUUCAGAAAAUUGGUUUGUGAUUAGGUGCAACAUAGUGGUUAUGAGUGUUUGCCUGGAAUAAACUGACAGAGAUGAGAGACAUCAAGAGUUUUAUGGCGGUUUCUUUCUGAGAUUUCUCUUCUUUAUUGUUCUUGAUUUAUUUAUAACAGUUUUUUAUAUGGUAGGCAUACCAGAGUUUUGUGUUUUCCCUGACCUGUCAAAACAGAGGAUUGUUCAAUGCAAUUUAGACCCGAGUAAAGAUAUUUAAUGCCAGGUCAAUCAGUGCUAGAUUUACACCGUACAUUCACAUUUUGUGUGGAAAAUUAUUUUUUCAAUAAAAACUCCAUAUGCCUUAUAUCAUUAUUUCACAUGUCUCAAAUGGCAUAUGAGUCAUAUUUAAAGCAAUCCUGCAAAAUACCUUUGAGCCCACAAAGGAACCUAAAUUCCAUUUCCAUGAAGAUACACUUUAGACUGUAAGGCAAGGGACUGUGAAUGUGACAAGAAUCUAACAUGUUGGUGGGAUGUUGCAGGGGGUUAGAGUAAAAAGUACAAUGGUCCCAUGAAUUGUAUUUUUGGAAAUGGAUAACAGUGAGUUGGAUGUUUUUUGUUUGGUUUGUCAACUAAAAAGCUAGUCUUAACAAAUGAAUUACAUACUAAAUAAAAGUGUGAA